UGCGCGAGACGGCCCCUUCCUGCUCCCCCGCCGGCCCGCCCGCCUUCCUCCCCUCUCCCCGCCCGGCCUCCCCCGCCUUCCCCCGCGGGCCCCCUCCGCGCAGGGAUACUAUGCUCUUCGAAGAUGGACGCCCCCGGUGCAGGAUAUGCUUUUGAAUACCUUAUUGAAACAUUGAAUGACAGUUCACAUAAGAAGUUCUUCAAUGUACCUAGACUUGGAGGCACCAAGUAUGAUGUUCUGCCUUACUCAAUACGGGUCCUGUUGGAAGCUGCUGUGCGGAACUGUGAUGGUUUUUUAAUGAAAAAGGAAGAUGUCAUGAACAUUUUAGACUGGAAAACCAAACAAAGCAAUGUCGAAGUGCCCUUUUUUCCUGCCCGUGUUCUUCUUCAAGAUUUUACUGGAAUACCAGCAAUGGUGGAUUUUGCUGCUAUGAGGGAGGCAGUAAAAAUUCUUGGAGGUGACCCGAGAAAAGUUCACCCUGCCCGUCCGACGGAUCUCACAGUUGACCAUUCUUUACAGAUCGACUUCAGUAAAUGUGCAAUACAAAAUGCUCCGAAUCCUGGAGGUGGUGACCUACAGAAAGCAGGAAAGCUGUCUCCGCUCCGAGCGCAGCCCAAGAAGCUUCCCUGUAGAGGCCAGACCACCUGCCGGGGACCGUGCGAGUCUGGAGAGCCGGGCCGAAACUCAGGAAGAUUUUCUUCGCAGAUUGAGAACACACCCAUUCUCUGUCCUUUUCAUUUGCAACCAGUGCCUGAACCUGAAACAGUGUUAAAAAACCAAGAAGUAGAAUUUGGCAGAAAUCGGGAGAGACUUCAAUUUUUCAAGUGGAGUUCAAGAGUUUUUAAGAACGUGGCUGUGAUCCCUCCUGGAACUGGAAUGGCCCAUCAAGUCAACUUAGAGUAUUUGUCGAGAGUGGUGUUUGAGGAAGACGACCUCCUCUUCCCAGACAGCGUGGUCGGCACAGAUUCUCAUAUAACCAUGGUGAACGGCUUGGGGAUUCUGGGCUGGGGGGUCGGAGGCAUUGAGACUGAAGCGGUCAUGCUGGGUCUGCCCGUUUCUCUUACUCUGCCGGAGGUGGUCGGGUGCGAGUUGAUCGGCUCAUCAAACCCUUUCGUCACGUCCAUAGAUGUCGUGCUUGGCAUCACAAAGCACCUCAGGCAAGUAGGAGUGGCUGGAAAGUUUGUUGAGUUUUUUGGAAGUGGAGUUUCGCAGUUAUCUAUAGUGGAUCGGACCACAAUAGCAAACAUGUGUCCGGAAUAUGGUGCUGUCCUCAGCUUUUUCCCUGUUGACAAUGUGACAUUAAGACAUUUAGAACACACAGGUUUUGACAAGGCCAAACUCGAGUCAAUGGAAACAUACCUUAAAGCUGUGAAACUGUUUCGACACGACCAGGAUAGUUCAGGAGAACCCGCGUACUCCCAGGUGAUCCGGAUUCAUCUGAAUUCAAUAGUUGCAUCUGUCAGUGGUCCGAAGAGACCUCAGGAUAGAGUUGCUGUGACGGACAUGAAACGUGAUUUCCAAGCUUGCUUGAAUGAAAAGGUGGGAUUCAAAGGCUUCCAGAUUGCAGCGGAGAAGCAGAAGGAUAACGUCUCUAUUCGUUAUGAAGGAAGUGAGUACACCCUGUCUCACGGCUCUGUGGUCAUGGCCGCGGUCACCAGCUGCACCAACAACUGUAACCCGUCCGUCAUGCUCGCCGCAGGUCUCCUGGCUAAGAAAGCCGUGGACGCCGGCCUGCAGGUUAAACCGUAUAUAAGGACGAGCCUGUCUCCAGGCAGCGGGAUGGUCACACAUUACCUCAGCUCCAGUGGCGUGUUACCGUACCUCAGUAAGCUCGGAUUCGAAGUCAUUGGCUACGGAUGCUCAACGUGUGUGGGGAACACGGCGCCGUUGUCGGAAGCCGUUCUCAGUGCUGUCAAACAGGGUGAUUUGGUUACUUGCGGAGUUUUAUCCGGUAACAAGAAUUUUGAAGGUCGUCUCUGUGAUUGUGUUCGUGCCAAUUACCUUGCCUCCCCACCCUUGGUGGUGGCUUACGCCAUAGCGGGCACGGUGAACAUAGACUUCCAGACGGAGCCUCUAGGCACUGACGCUACUGGCAAGAGUAUUUACCUGCAGGACAUCUGGCCCACCAGAGAGGAGGUCCAGCAGACGGAGGAAGAGCGCGUCACACCGUCCAUGUUUAAAGCACUGAAAGAGAAAAUGGAGAUGGGAAACAAGCGUUGGAAUUCCCUGGAAGCACCGGACUCAGUGCUGUUUCCUUGGGACUUGAAGUCCACGUACAUCAGAUGUCCUUCAUUUUUUGAUAAGCUUACCAAAGAGCCAGGUGCCCUGCAGCCCAUUGAAAACGCGCACGUCCUCCUCUUUCUGGGGGACGCGGUCACCACAGACCACAUAUCGCCCGCGGGGAGCAUCGCCAGGAGCAGCGCCGCCGCCAAGUACUUGACGAACAGAGGCCUUACUCCUCGCGAGUUCAACUCCUACGGGGCCCGCAGAGGCAACGACGCCGUGAUGACAAGAGGCACGUUCGCAAAUAUCAAGCUGUUUAAUAAGUUUCUCGGGAAACCUGCUCCCAAAACAAUUCAUUUCCCGUCGGGACAGACGCUUGACGUGUUCGAGGCGGCCGAGCUGUACCAGAAGGAAGGUGUCCCGCUGAUCAUCCUGGCAGGGAAGAAAUACGGUUCCGGAAAUUCCAGAGACUGGGCUGCCAAAGGGCCGUAUCUGCUGGGUGUGAAAGCUGUUUUGGCUGAAAGUUACGAAAAAAUUCACAAAGAUCAUUUGAUUGGAAUUGGCAUAGCUCCACUGCAGUUCCUUCCGGGAGAGAAUGCAGAUUCCUUGGGCCUCACCGGCAGAGAAACGUAUUCUCUAGCAUUUCCCGAAGAGCUGUCUCCUGGAGUCACGUUAACCAUGAAGACGAGCACUGGGAAAAUAUUCAGCGUGAUUGCUUCGUUUGACAAUGACGUGGAGGUGGCGUUGUACAAACACGGAGGACUGUUAAACUUUGUGGCACGAAAAUUCUCAUAGUCUCUACUCCACACGGACACCUUUUCAGAACUGGUAACUGCGAGUAAAGCCUUUCGUGCUGGACCCGGGGCUCCCCGCCUGCUGCUGCAGACGGUCCCGUGUGCUCACCGAUCCCACCACAGGUGUAAAUGGUUAUGAAUCAACGUAGGGACUGAAAUGAAAUCUUUCUGAUUUUAAAUAAUAUACGAAUGGUGCUAUUAACAAUGCUCAAAUCAACGUGUGAGGUGUGCUGUGGGAGAGGCCCCUAAGUACGGGGGCAUUUUAUCAGACCAUUUUGUAAAUAAAGGCAGAAUUUGAACUUGU